AGAACUGUAGAAGAUCCUUUUAGAAUCUGGAAGAACAAACUUAUGCAGCUGUGGAAAAAUAUGAGUUGUUAAGCUUAUGCUUAGCCCAGCGUGAGACAGGACUGGUGUGACAACUUGUUUUUAAUCCGUGACUCAAAACUGUGAUCACCCUGAUGUCACCGAAUGGCCACAGCUUGUAAAAGGGAGUUACAGUGGAGGUAAAAGGAGUGGCUUGCAGGAUGGAGAAGUUGCUCCCUGUGUUGUUGGAAGUGAGCCACCAUUUGAACUUGCUAGCUCAUGCUGCAGGAUUCAGAUUAGUUGGUGUCUCGUGAUCAGUUUCUACGAUCCAAAUCAAAGCUGAAAUUUGUAAGAGCAUUUGCUCUGAGAUUUUUCUCUGAACAGAACUCUUGUUUCAGAUUUUAAGCAAGAUGAAGGCAUGUGUAGCCAGACUGUGUAAUUGUUUGUUCGGCACCAUUGCUUGCUUAGAGGAACAACACGGUGUCUGGUUUGUGAACAAUUGGAUGUUAAAGAAUAAAUAGUUUCUCAACAAACAGAUCACCAGGAGAACCUCACUCUGAAACCAUUGAAACUAGCCGAAUGAAGCGAGCAGCUGCAAAGCAUCUAAUAGAGCGCUACUACCACCAGUUAACUGAGGGCUGUGGAAAUGAAGCCUGCACGAAUGAAUUUUGUGCUUCCUGUCCAACUUUUCUCCGUAUGGAUAACAAUGCAGCAGCCAUUAAGGCCCUCGAGCUUUAUAAGAUUAAUGCAAAACUCUGUGAUCCUCAUCCCUCCAAGAAAGGAACGAGCUCAGCUUACCUAGAAAACAAUUCCAAAGGUGCCCAUAACAAUUCCUGCUCAGACAGAAAAAUGAACAAGAAGGAAAUGCAAGGCCCACGAGAUGACUUUAAAGAUGUGACUUUUCUAACAGAAGAAAAGAUCUAUGAAAUUCUUGAACUAUGUCGAGAGAAAGAGGAUUAUUCCCCYUUAAUCCGAGUGAUUGGGAGAGUAUUUUCUAGUGCUGAAGCAUUGGUACAGAGUUUCCGGAAAGCCAAACAGCACACCAAGGAAGAACUUAAGUCUCUUCAAGGAAAGGAUGAAGAUAAAGAUGAAGAUGAAAAGGAAAAGGCUGCCUGUUCAGCUGCUGCUAUGGAAGAAGAUUCAGGCGCGUCGUCAUCGUCAUCAUCGUCAUCAAGAAUAGGUGAUAACACGCAGGGAGAUAACAACCUCCAAAAACUAGGCCCCGAUGAAGUGUCUGUAGAUAUUGAAGCAGUCAGGCGGGUCUAUGAUAGAUUACUUUCUAAUGAAAAAAUAGAAACUGCCUUUUUAAAUGCACUUGUGUACUUGUCACCUAAUGUGGAAUGUGACUUGACUUAUCAUAAUGUGUACUCUCGGGAUCCUAACUAUCUGAAUUUGUUUAUUAUUGUUAUGGAGAAUGGCAAUCUUCAUAGCCCAGAAUACCUGGAAAUGGCUCUGCCCUUGUUUUGCAAAGCCAUGAGCAAGCUGCCCCUAGCAGCCCAAGCAAAACUGGUCAGAUUAUGGUCUAAAUACAGAGCAGACCAGAUUCGGAGAAUGAUGGAGACGUUUCAGCAGCUUAUCACUUACAAAGUCAUAAGCAAUGAGUUCAAUAGUCGUAACCUAGUGAAUGAUGAUGACGCUGUUGUUGCUGCUUCAAAGUGCUUGAAAAUGGUUUACUAUGCAAAUGUAGUAGGAGGGGAUGUGGAUACGGAUCACAACGAAGAGGAAGACGAAGAGCCCAUCCCAGAAUCCAGUGAACUGACGAUUCAAGAACUGUUGGGUGAGGAAAGACGGAAUAAAAAAGGGCCUCGAGUGGACCCCCUGGAAACUGAACUUGGUGUUAAAACUAUAGAUUGCAGAAAACCACUUAUCCCUUUUGAAGAAUUUAUUAAUGAACCACUGAAUGAUGUUCUAGAAAUGGACAAGGAUUACACUUUCUUCAAAGUAGAAACAGAAAACAAGUUCUCUUUUAUGACCUGUCCCUUCAUAUUGAAUGCUGUUACCAAGAACCUGGGCUUGUACUACGACAACAGGAUCCGGAUGUACAGUGAGCGGCGCAUAACGGUGCUCUACAGCCUGGUGCAAGGACAGCAGCUCAACCCCUAUCUGCGACUCAAAGUGCGGCGUGACCACAUCAUCGAUGAUGCCCUCGUCCGGCUAGAGAUGAUUGCCAUGGAGAAUCCUGCAGACUUGAAGAAGCAACUGUAUGUGGAAUUUGAAGGAGAGCAAGGGGUAGAUGAAGGAGGUGUUUCCAAAGAAUUUUUUCAACUAGUUGUGGAAGAGAUCUUCAAUCCAGAUAUCGGUAUGUUCACGUACGAUGAAUCUACGAAACUGUUUUGGUUUAAUCCGUCCUCRUUUGAAACGGAGGGUCAGUUUACACUGAUUGGCAUCGUGCUGGGCCUGGCCAUUUACAAUAACUGCAUCCUGGACGUUCACUUUCCCAUGGUUGUCUACAGGAAGCUCAUGGGCAAGAAAGGAACUUUCCGUGAUCUGGCAGACUCUCAUCCCGUUCUCUACCAGAGCUUGAGAGACCUGCUGGAGUAUGAAGGAAGUGUGGAGGACGACAUGAUGAUAACUUUUCAGAUCUCUCAUACGGAUCUCUUUGGCAACCCAAUGAUGCAYGAUCUAAAGGAAAACGGUGAUAAAAUUCCCAUUACAAAUGAAAAUAGAAAGGAAUUUGUCAAUCUCUAUGCUGACUAUAUACUCAAUAAAUCAGUAGAAAAGCAGUUCAAGGCCUUUCGGAGAGGAUUCCACAUGGUGACCAAUGAAUCUCCUUUGAAAUAUUUAUUUAGACCAGAGGAAAUUGAAUUACUUAUUUGUGGAAGUAGGAAUCUAGACUUCCAAGCACUAGAAGAAACGACAGAGUAUGAUGGUGGCUAUACAAGAGACUCUCUCAUUAUUAGGGAAUUUUGGGAAAUAGUCCAUUCGUUCACGGACGAGCAGAAAAGGCUGUUCUUGCAGUUUACAACAGGCACAGACAGAGCCCCCGUGGGAGGACUUGGGAAAUUAAAGAUGAUCAUAGCCAAAAAUGGCCCAGACACGGAAAGGUUACCUACAUCUCACACCUGCUUUAAUGUCCUUUUGCUUCCGGAGUACUCGAGCAAAGAGAAGCUGAAAGAAAGGCUAUUGAAGGCCAUCACKUAUGCCAAGGGCUUUGGCAUGCUCUAAUAAACGAAUAUAACAAAAGGGAUUAAAAAAAAAUGAUGGUGAUGAUGAUGAUGAUGAUGUCCCUGUCCAAAAAGGCCAUAAGAUAGUGAGCUACAGUAGUCACCUGUGUUUGUGCCUCCCUUCUUUACUGGGGACAUUGGGCUGGAACAGCAGAUUUCAGCUGCUUAUAUGAACAAAUUCUUUAUUUUUUCUUUUAGCGUGAAAGUGUUACAUAUUCUUUCACUUGUAUGUACAGAGAGGUUUUCCUGAAUAUUUAUUUUAAGGGUUAAAUCACUUUUGCUUGUGUUUAUUACUGCUUGAAGUUGAGCCUUUUUGAGUAUUUACAAGAAAACAAACUGUACUCUCCCAAGGAAAAUAUUGCCAUCAUUUGUAGACCAUGUAACCUUCAAGUAUGUGCUAUAUUUUUGUCCCUGUAUCUAAUCCAAUCAAGAACUGUACUUUUUUGAAGAGUUUGCUUUUGAAACUUGAAGUCUUGGAAAACAGUGUGAUGCAAUUACUGCUGUUCUAGCCCCCAAAGAGUUUCUGUGCAAAAUCUUAAGAAUCAAUAAAGAUGGAAGGGAGAACUUGGAAUGUUCAACUGCAGCCUUGAGAACUUUACUUUAGUCACAGCACAACAAUUAAAAUUCAUUUCACUAUAUGUUGUCUUCACAUGUCUUGUAAUAAAUUGUGUUUUUAAUUAGAAAACAUUUCUUAGUGUAUGGAACAGAGGGUAGAAACUUUAGUUACUGUUUUUUUAAAACAAAAAGUUUACUGGGGAAAGUGCAUUUUCAACUGAACAGCUUUAGAGUAGCGAGUGAAAUGUUUGGAAAAGAAAAAGAUAGGAAGUUUUUGCUAUAUUAUAAACAAAGCAUGUGGAAGUGCACUUAAAAUGAAGUUCUAUUCUUAAUUGCCUAU